AUGACAGAGUCAACAGGAGAAGAACAUAUGUUUAUUGAGCAAAUUCUUAUUUUUCCAUCAACAUCAACAACAAGAACAAGAAUAACAACAACCACGACCACAACAUCUCUUCCUUUAACAUUUCUCGACUUGCCUUUUGCAGGUCCAAAAUACGUUAAACGUCAAUUCUUUUAUCGCUUUUCUCAUUCACCCAAUCAUUUUUACCAAACAACACUUCCAUCUCUCAAACACUCUCUUUCCCUUACACUUCAACAUUUCUCCCCCCUUGCUGGAAAUCUUCAUUGUCCCCCACCACCCCAUAAACCUUUCAUUCUUUGCACUCAAAACGAUGCUUUAACUUUGACUGUCAUUGAAUCCUUGGGAGAUUUCAACAAUCUCUCAACCAAUCACCACCCAAAAAGUGUCAAAGAUUUUUCUCACCUUGUCCCAAAAUUAACACAAAAAAUAGACAUUCAUGAUAAUGAAACCCUAAUAUUUUCAUUGAUGGCUUUACAGGUAACUUUUUUCCCUAACCAUGGUCUUUGCAUUUCCAUCACAUAUUGCCAUGUGAUGGAUGAUUACUUUUGCAAUCAUUUCAUGAAAUCAUGGUCUUGUAUUCAUAAAAAAGGUAAACUCGUUGACGUAAAAUCACUACCUUGUUUUGACAGACAAGUCUUGAGAGACCCAAGAGGACUUGAGAAUGUUCUAUUAAAAGGCUAUUUUGAACAGAGAAAAAUGUGGAAGAAUAGAAUCCUUAUUGAAAGUCAAACUACAGAAGAAGAAUAUGUUAAAACAACUAUUAUUUUUACAAAAGAACAAAUUGAGAGGAUGAAAAAUUGGAUAUUUAAGAAAUGGAAAACAAAUUAUCCUGAUAUCCAAGCACCAAAAUUUCUAUCUAAAUUUGUUGUAACAUGUGGUUUUGUUUGGGCCACUAUGGUUAAAACAAAAAAUAAAAAUAAAAAUGAUGAAGAUGAAAAAGAUGAAUAUUUUUGUUUUGCAGGUGAUUGUAGAGAGAUACUAGGGUACCCAAUACCAGAAGGUUAUUUUGGAAAUUGUUUAACGUUGUGUUUUAUAACCGCGAAAAGGAAGGAUAUGAAAGGAGAAUAUGGUUUUUUGAGUGUUGUUAAAGCCAUUGAAAAUGCAGUAACAGAUAUGAAAAAUGAUCCAUUAAAAGGUGCAGAAGAAUGGGAUGAUAACUUUAAAAAGGUUUUUAUGUCUGGGAAUCAUUUGUUGGUAAAUGGGUCCCCUAAGUUUAAUGUUUAUGAGACAGAUUUUGAAUUUGGAAAUCCUAUUAAAGUUGAGAUGAUGUUGCAUUCAUCUAAGGAUAUGUCACUUGCUGAAAGUGGAGACAAAGAAGGGGGGCUUGAAGUUGGUUUGAUAUUUGAAACACAUGAAGUAGAACAUUUUUAUUCUUUCAUUGAACAAGGACUUGAAUCUUUGAAGUUCUAA